CGAUCACUGAGGAAUAUACAUACGUCCAAUCAUGAACAAAUAUGUUAUAUUCCUUGUUGUUAUAAGUCUCUUGGAUACUUUCUCAGCUGUUGCUGGUAUAAUAUGUAUGUCCCACGCACGUUGUAUAAACAUGAUGCACGUGGCGAGUGACGAGGAAGCUUACUGUCAAUUCAACGCAUUUCAUGUUGGUUGCUGUCAUGUCAGAAAAAAGCCUUCUUUUUGGGGACAGUGGAGUACUUGGGGUUCUUGUAGUGUGACUUGUGGAUCAGGUGGAACAAGGACUUCUACAAGGAGGUGUAUGGGGUCAGGGUCAUGUCAGGGGUCAUCUUCGAGGACAGAAGCCUGUAGCCAAACACAACCUUGUCCAAUUGAUGGUGUUUUGAGUGACUGGAAUGGCUGGACUUCCUGUAGCCAGACAUGUGGUUGGGGUCAAAAGACAAGGUCACGUGUCUGUCAUCAACCACAGCAUGGAGGCUUACAAUGCAACGGAGAUGUGAGAGAAAGCGAAUCAUGUCAUGAUAAUUACUGCCCAGUGAAUGGUUGGACUGGUGAUUGGAGCAGCUGGAGUUCCUGCAGCGUGACUUGUGGUGACGGUCACAUGACUAGAUCACGUGUCUGUCAUCCUCCACGAUUUGAUGGUUCUCCGUGUCCAACCAAUUUAUCAGAGUCUAAAAAGUGUACUAAUUCACCUUGCGGCAUACCUUGUCCGUCAUGCGAUGAUAACCUUAACUGUGUCUGGAACAACACAUGUUCUGCAUCGGAAUGUUGCAUGGCAAGGUCCCCAGACCACGGAUUUCGAUUCACAGUACACUGUGUUCAAAGUGAAGAUUGUCGUUACAUGAAAACAAUUUCAGGAAAUGCUGAAAUCUACUGCUGUGAUGACAGAGAGUGCCUCAGGAACGACUGGAGUAGCUGGACUACCUGCAGUCAAACAUGUGGACGAGGCCAACAGACGAGGUCACGUGUCUGCCAUCAACCAAAACAUGGAGGUGCACAGUGCAAAGGAGAUUUAAUGGAGAGCAAAGCAUGUCUUGUUAAACACUGCCCAGUUAAUGGAUGGACUGGUGAUUGGAGUAGCUGGAGUUCCUGUAGCGUGUCUUGUGGUGACGGUCACAUGACUAGAUCACGUGUUUGUCAUCCUCCUCUGUUUGGUGGUUAUCCUUGUUCGAGCAAUUUAUCAGAAACAAGGAAUUGUAGUCAAACGCCCUGCGCAGUUGAUGGCCUUUUGGGUAACUGGGGAACUUGGAGUCACUGCACUGCGACAUGUGAAGGAAUAAGAAGGCGUACUCGGACCUGUAUUCCUCCUCAACAUGGCGGCGCACCUUGUCAUGGAAGUACUUUAUCAACGAAACGCUGUGGAGCAAGGUAUUGUCCAGUGGACGGUAUUUUAACCACCUGGGGGAGUUGGACACCAUGUAGUGCCACGUGUGGGGGUGGAUCGCGAGUAAGGUCGCGGGCGUGUAUCAAUCCUCACCAUGGUGGCAGGAAAUGCAUCGGACCAUUAUAUGAAAUGAACAACUGCAAAAUGGCUACAUGUCCAGCUUCGAAUACAGCCCCUCCAACCACAAAGCAAACAACAACUUCCACAACAGCUCAUCAAAAUACAUCACCCGCGGGGUUACCUUGUCCGACGUGUGAUGAUCAGAUGCGAUGUACCUGGAAUACUGUGUGUGACAGUUCUGAGAGCUGUAUGAUCCGCUCCUUAACUGGAUUCCGAUUUUCUACACAUUGUCUUCUGAGAGAUGACUGUGUUAUAAUGAAGACACUAGUUAAAUCAAAUGGAGAGAUAUACUGUUGCGACAGUCGGAGCUGCCUGCGUAAUUACCUAGGAGUUUGAUUGUUAAUUAUGA